GGACAACUUCUUACGCCAGUGAGUAAAAUAGAAAUAUCUCGAUGUUGUAGCGUCAUUUCCGGUGGGAUUUUCCAACGAAGAUCAAUGCGUGCCCUUUAAAAGAGAAGCGCUGAAGAGCUUGCUACCUACAGUAUUAUACAGGCAGUGAACAGCGCGGCACUGUGCAGGCAGAGCGGACCACAGAAUUAAACUGAAUACAGUUACCGGUGCUUAAAAAAAACAAACAAAAAAAUUAAAAUAACAUAUAAAUAUUUGUCAUCAACGAAUAGAGGCUAAUCUAAAAACCAUAAAACAGUGGAAGAAAAAUCAUAUUCCUAAAGCGACAAUAACUAAUAAUUUCAUUUGUGCAGUGUUGAGCUUCUACAAACUUCAGCCACCAUGUUCAUGCUGACACCCCCUACUGGUGUCUUCCAGCAUGCCAAGAAAUUGUUUCUGAGUGAGCAAGCAGGCCAGCUCCAGGAGUUUGCACGGAAGAAUGUGGCCAAUGCUCUGUCUAUGGCGAACAUGGUGAUGGGACUGUGCUCUAUCCUCUGCAGCCUCAAUGGACACCAUUACGCUGCGUGCUGGCUGCUUCUGGUGGGGUACCUCCUGGACUUGGCUGAUGGAGCGGUUGCUAGGCAACUCAAUGCCUGUUCAGCUCUUGGAGCUCAGCUGGAUGAUUUUGCAGAUUUCACCACGUUUGGCAUCGCCACGGCGCUGCUGCUGCAGGCACAUGGUUUAAUGGAUGGCAUUCUGGUGAUCUUCUACGUUAUGGCUGUUUUCACUCGUCUCUGCUUUUACUCUAGUGGCAUCCCCUUCAUGUACCGAGGGCUGCCCUGCCCCUAUGCCUCCGCUAUCCUGGCCUGCACCAGCCUGCUGACAGGAGCCAAUGUGCUGGUGCUGCGCAUCACUGCUGUGCUGAUGAUCCUCUUCAUGGUGGACCACGGAUUCUACCCCCACGACAAGGUGCUAGAGUCCCAGGCCUGGAAGAAGAUUGUCUAUGCAGGCGGAGUUGUCAUGGUGCUGUGUUCUUCAUUUCCCUCGGCUUGUGUUUACUACCUAAUAUGGUCAGUCUCCUACAUUCUCUUCCCAGCAGCUCUCUGGAGUUGUAAAGUGUAACACAAACCCCAGCAAGUAUCCUCCUCAUUUUAACCUUUCCAGCAAAAGCUUUGGCUACGGAAGCUGAGCCAGUGUUGGAUAGACUCCAUCAUGAGGCAGCAUGUCACCAUGACAACUAAAGACACAUUAACCUUCGACCUGAAUAGGCUGCGACAGUCCUCAGUCUCUUUUUAUUGAAGUGCUGAUUUUAGGAUUUUGGUGUUUUAAAAACCCUUCUGUAUAGACGAUUGUAUAUGUACAUUAACUUGGUCGUCUAAUGGAAUAUGAUUCCAUACAAAACUGCAUUUUUAAAAGGCUCUUUCUUUGUGUUAAACGGAUUGUAUAUUGCUUCUGUAUUACUGAUGGGGGUAUAAUUGAUAUAACUGGGAGGAUAUUUAGGCAGUUGGUGAUUUGCUGAGCUACAGCUGAGAAGUUGGAGAGAUGGUCACAGUUUACUAAUCUGAUACCCCUCACACAGGCCUUGUAGCAAAGGCUUCAGCCUUUAUACUUGGAGUUUUUCAAGAUUUUGUAAUAAACUGAACAUACAAAUGUAUACCAGCUGCUUAAAGACCUAUUGUGACCCUUGUACACCUCUACCAUAAAAGCAUAAUAACAAAUAGUAAAAAAAAACAUGGUAAAGGAUUAAAAAAAAAACAACAUGUAACCUUUUUUACAUUGAAUUAACUUAACAGCAUGAUAACGUGUGUCCUUGUGUUUCGGCAGAGUACAGUCCUGAAUAUUUCAUGUAUGUCUAUAGCAUGCAAACUUUCCAAAGCCAGUCGUUGCCCCCCAGUGUGAGGAGGCACAUUCAAGUAUCUGCCCAGAAAGCUGCUGCUUCUCAUCUGUGUCUCUCUGUGCAUUUCUUCUUGAUAAGGGGCUGUGCUGUUUUUCACUGUCAUAGCAGAAGCAGGACAGAAGAUAUUUUUCCCGAUAUGUAAGAUUUGUAUAUUUUUUUAAACAGUUGAAGGCUGUGUUAAAAUGUAUAUUUAUGUGAUAUAAUGUAUAAGCUAUGCCCACUGUGAAUGAGAUUUAGGAAAGUAUAUCAUCAGGACUGGUUUAUACUGGUCUUCAGACUACUGGGAGACGUAACGUGACUGGCUAAAGUUCAACUCCACUAUAGAGACUAGAAAUCAUCACAGUAGCUAUGCUUUCAUCAACAAGACAAACACAUUUUUAGUGAACUUGCACAAUUUCACACAAUAUAUGCAAAUCUUAUUGUACAAAAAACUGUUUCCAUCAAACUGGAUUCUAGCAAACAAACAGCUGUACGUAAUGACGUCACAAGUUUUAAAAAAAAUGGUUAUUGCAUAAAUGUUUUUUAUCUGAAUAACAAAAAAAAAAAGUUUGAUGCAUUUCCAUUCAUUUUUUUUUCUAUUCACUUGCUAGUUUGUAAACUCAAAUGAAUAACCAGCCUCGCUGAGCAUUCAGGUUAUAUAACUGCUGCUGGACUGAAAAUGGACCAAGAAGGAACAGCGUAUUUUCCAGAAUUAACUGAAAUUGCACAAGCAUUGAUUGAGAUAUAUAUAUAUAUAUAUAUAUAUAUAUAUAUAUAUAUAUAUACAUACAUGUACACACACUAAUAUAGCCUCUAAAUUUAAAAGUAUUUUUUGAAGCUGUACUUUUUCCCUUAUAUGUAAUUUAAGUAAUCGUUAUAAUAAUAAUAAUAAUAAUAAUAAUAAUAAUAAUAAUAAUAAUAAAGCAGACAGUAUGGCAGUCCAGUAUCAGAUCCCCACCAGAGAUAGCUGUACCGAAACUUAAAAGAAGAUCAAUCCUGCUUGGGAAAAUGAAUAUUUUAUUUAACACUCCAGGGGUGAAAUUUAAUGAAGGAAUUAAAAUUUACAGUGGCCAGAGAUCAUGCAGAGAAUUGGUGUAAAAAGAUGAUGAAAAUAUUAAACAUGUCUGCAGCAGAAAAGAAGAUGUGUAAGAAAAGCGAAAGAAAACAGGGUCAGGUGUAUGUCGGCAUUUGUGAACUUGGACCAAAAUGACGCACAGAAUGAUCUCUGUCUCGCCCAAAAGCUGUUACAGUUUACAACAGGUCAGCUUAUUAUUUACCAUCGUUGUGUAAAUGUUGAAGCAAGUUCACUUUGAGUUUUUGAACCUAACAGAAAUGGACGCUCUAAUGCAAAAAAUCUAAUUGCAGCCAUAUUCAAUUGUUUGGUAAAUGAACAAAAUAAUUAUCCAGUCCAGAAAAUUGUGGGGUUUAAAUCGGACGGUGUAUAGGUAGUGCUAGCCCAGCAUUAUGAAGUUUGUAUAUUUUAUAUGAUCAUGUCCAUUAGUGAGGUUAGUAUUUUGUAAGGUGUCUGUCAUGUAACGUGACUGUGGUGAUCCCUGCAGUGAUGUGUUAUUUAAGUUGAAUUACUGUAACUGCUUUGUCCGCUGCUCCCCAAGCAAGUUUUUAUAUUACAAAAAAACAUAGGAGAUUCAAGAAUCAUUCUUUUUGAUAAUUACGGGGGUCAAUUACAGCUGUGGAAAAAGUUUUGCAGCACCCUACAGUAUUAACCAGUUUUGCUUCAAAAAGUCGAAUGAAACCUGCUGAAUAAUGUUACGUUAAUAUAUUGAAUUACAUACCGCAUUGUAGUUUUUCAUAUACUUAACAAAAAACUAUUGAUUAAUAAAAUAUCUAAAUUCUGUUCAUGUA